AAUCAAUAGAGAAGAGAGUCAAUCAGUCAAUAAAAAAUAUUUUCAAGUAUUCUACUUUACACAAAGUAAAAAAUCUUGAUAAAGUAAUGAAGUAUACCUUGAAUAUCAUCAUCUGUUCAGUUUUCUUGGUGAAUAUAUCAACUAUUUAUGGAAUUCAAAAUCUUGCAAGAAAUCAACCUGCUUUUCAAUCAAGUACUUUCUCCUCUCAUAAUGUUGCCCUAAAAGGAAAUGAUGAUAUCUAUGCAUCAUCAUCAAAAACUCAAGGUAUAUGUAAUGAGAGGUCAUGGUGGUCUGUUUAUCUCGGAGGAUAUUGUCAAAUCGACAAGGUUUGUUUACUAAGAACAGAUUCUACGGGUAAGUAUAAGAUAACAACUAUAUAAAAAAGCCUCACUCUUUCAAUAUGUAUAUUCGUAAAGCUGAAAUGGAUAAUUUUGAAAUUUGGGGCGUUGAAUUUCCUAAUGAUUCCACAGGCAAAUCAUUUUGUGCCAAAGUUUUAACAGCUAUACCUGUAUCUAUUAAUCAGCAAAAUCCUGCUUAUCAUUGUGUAAAUGUUGACUGCAAAGGAUCUUUUCUCUAUCUUAAAACAAAAUAUACAGAAGUAGUGUUUGGAGUAGGAGAUAUAAAAGUUGAAGGAAGACGCCUUAAUAUUACAACUGAUUUGGAAUUUCUUGAUAUAAGUCAAGCGUCAAUUUUUACUGGACGUUCACAAAGUCAAAUAAAUCUCCAAGAUUUGACAGACAAUAGCUUUUCGACAUCUCUGACUACCUUUCUCAGGAGUCCAAGGAAUGAUAGACCAUUUAUUCGUAUCGAUUUUCAGACUUUAAUUACAGUAAGAGGAGUUAUUGUUGAUAUUACAGCAAAUGAAGAAUGGGAACAUCUACACAAAUUUUUUGUAGCAGUAAACCUGGUACCUCAAACAUACCUUAAUCAUAUCUUAAAGACCUGUGUUGUAAAUUUUAAAGCUCAAAAUCAUUCAUUUACUACUCAGUCUUUCCGCUGUUCUUGUGAUAUAUCUGGAAGAUAUGUUCUACUCGGAAUAAGUCAAGUAGGAUCGUCCAGUUUACGUAUAAUUAACUUAGCUAAUCUAUAUAUCUAUGGAAAAUUUGAAAGAGAAGAAGCUGAUAUGGAAACAACUAUUCCAAUGGCACUAAAUAUUUUAUCAAUAAAGAAACAACAAACCGAAUAUAAGCCAAUCCUGAACGAUAAAGUUUAUUAUUCUGACGGUAUAUCAGAAAGUAUAGCUAUGGAAGAUACAGAAGAACUAAUAGUAACAAUGAUAAAGUCAAAAGUGGAUACAAUUUGCAUUACAGUAUUUAACAAUGCUUCUGGCGGUGGAAAUUAUGGAAUUAAGUGUACUUUCAAAGAUGGAGAAAAAAUUAGGGCUCUUAAAUAUUUAACAUCAUAUUUCUUAUUUGAACAAACUACUUGCCUACGUUUGAGUAUGUUGACAGUAGAUACGAUAAUUCUGACGGCAAACUAUGCAUUUAGAAUAAGUGAACUUGAUAUAUUUCUUCAUACAAUUAGAGUAAAUCUUGUUAAGUUAUUGCCUGAUUGCAAUAAAAACACUCCAAGGGUAUUAUCACUGUCUGAUAAAAAUUUGAAAGGAAAACAUGGUUUAGCUAUAGAAGGAGCUGAAAUUGAUAAGGAUUCUAUAUUUAUAGUUUCCAUGCAAAGUGAAAGCAAAAGCAAGUUCUGUACUUAUGUUGAUCAAUUCUUUGUAGUUGUUAAGAGUAUUCAUCAUUACUCUUGCAACAAUCCAGCAUUUGGUAUAAAGAUCAUUAUUUGGAAUCCUAAGACAGUUAUUGGACUGCUAGCAAUAAUAUAGCCUCAAGAAGAAUGUUGCACAUAUUACAUAAGAUAUUUUAGAAGUAGCUGGAUAGCAAGUAUUAAUAUGAUACGCUGAACGAGAUAAUUAACGUUGUAUCUCUAUAUAUAUACAUAUAUAAUUGAAAAUCAGAAUAAAUACUCUAUAGUA